UCUUCUUGAUAACAUUCUGUUGAACAAGCCAACUGCAGUCAGUUCAAGUUUUCGAACAUUUCGUAAAGAUAUUGGCAUAUACAGCAAUUUUCCACCUUAAGCAGGACAGAGAUGGCUGUUGUUAAAAUAACUGUUGUUAAAAUAAUGCAAACUGCUGUUUCAAGGCUUGGCUGGUAACUUCUUAUCCUAGAAAACAAACGAAUGGCAGAAACGUGCAGAACGAAACUCGAAGCUGCCGUUUUAAUUUUAAGCUUCUUCUUUCAAAGCGGUAUCAUUAUUCCGAUUUCCUCUGAAUGUUCCGGUGAAGAAUGCCGAUCCAUCGUUUUCAAAGAACCCAUACAGGACAAAGUCAUGAAGGGCCACUUGAUCAGGCUUGAAGAGGUGCCCCAUCAAGGCAGCUGUAAUGUGCUGUGUUAUAUGGAGCCCAAUUGUGUGUCCAUAAAUGUUGGGCCUUCUCAAGCUAAAGGAGGGAACUACAUUUGUGAGUUGAACAAUGCUUCGGACGAAAGUCCAGGCUCGUCCUACCUUCAGAGUAAGGAAGAUUAUAGCCAUCUCAGUAUCGAGAAUCCCUGUAGUAGCAGUCCCUGUUUCAACAAUGGCACAUGUCGAGCCGGAAACACUGAUAAAGGAUUUCGUUGUAAAUGUCCUUUAGGAUUCACUGGUGCAUACUGCGAGAAAGCCUGCAGCCUUGACUUUGAAGAUGGAAUCGGUGGUUGGGAAAUGACAGGCAGAGCUUUCAUUUACCAGCCGACAUUCGGUGACAAUCCAGCAGCUCGCCGAAGAGAAAGCGCCAAUCUACAAGGGGACUGGUGGAUAGGGGGAGCUGAGAAACGGCCCAGUGAGAGCGAUCCCGCAGGAGGGCAGCAUCCAGAUGGAGCCGACGUACCCCACGGAACUCUCACCUCACCUUGUUUUCGUAUCGUUGGCAAGAAUAUCUCGUUUCUCAUUGGAGGGGGAUGUACCGUAAAUGAAGUUUAUGCGGAGCUUAUUGUCAACAACCAG